CGAGUUGUUGACGUCAUAACUCUGCGCGCAUGUUGCAAGUGGUGAGCUGGCUUAGAGUUCUCCACAUCUGUUCAUCAUGACCAAACUUCUGGAAUGGCUUUUCGGUGUAUCGCUGAUCUCUGUUGUGUGGGGACUUGUGACCUUUGACCUUCUUGGAUUGCACUUGCCUGCUGUGUACCAGGAAGUGGCUUGGCCGAUGCCUGUGUACCUGCUGGUGGUGUUUGGCUGUUACUCACUGGCAACGGUCGGCUACAGAGUCGCCACGUUUAACGACUGCGAAGAUGCGGCCAGAGAGCUGCAGGCCGAGAUACAAGAGGCUAAAGAGGACUUGAAGAAGAAGGGCUUGAAGAUGUGAGGACUUUGUUGAAAACGAUGAAUGCGGCUGGACUGUAUCAGACCGCCUUUCCGACUCCGCUCUGCUCUUUUUGUGUCUCUGUGACUCUGCUGUUUGUUCUACUUGAGACGCUGAGCGAUUACAAUCGGAUGUAAAUGUUGUUUUGAAUUUUCCUUUGAAUGCAGUGCAGAUAUAAAAUUAUACCAGUCCAUUAUCAAAUGAUAUGAUGUAUAAAUAAAUGUGUAGAGUGAGAA